CUGGGCGUGUUUUAAGCGCACGAGCGAGCGUUAUCUGUGUUUUCGUGGUGGUUCGUCUCUGGGGACAGAUAAGAGAAAAGAAAGCAGAAGACGUAUCCGAGAUGUUUGCCAAAGCCACAAAGAGCCUCGUGUCUGAGAUCGACCCUGAUGGUUGUCUGAUUCCUGUGUCUCGAUUGAAUGAGUCGGACAAUCUGGUUCCUCUUGCUCUUGUCAUCAAACGCAACCGGUACUGGUUCUGGCAGAAACCCAAGUACCUGCCAACAGACUUUAAACUGUCUGAUGUUCUCGUCGGAGAUCCUAUAAAUCCAGCUGUGGUUGAGACAGAGUUCAUGAGCUUUGAUGGAAAAGUUGUGGACAGCAAAGGUGGAAGUGUUGGAGCAGACAUCGGGGCAGGGAGCAUUAACGUAGGGGGGAAAGGCUCGAGCAAACUCCAGUCGUCAUUUGGAAACCUUAAAAAACAGGAGGUGGAUGUGCAGAAGCUGUUACAGGAGUCCAGAUCUAGAGUUGUGGAUCUGCAGCACUCUCUGGUCCAGCAGAUACGAAAGACACAGAAAGAGAUCCUGACGGUAGUGAAGGAACGAAUCAUCACCACUCAACCCUGCACUGUCCUUGAAGAACAGCAGACUGGUGGUUCCUGUACUGGAAUGUUUGGAUUCAGUCAAAAGAUAAAGGUGUCAGUAAAUGACAAAGGGAAGUCUGUUAUUGACUAUGACACUAAUAUGUCGCUCAACAUCCCUCGAAAUACCAUCAUCUCUUACAGUGUGAUCGAGCUGGAGAUUUCUAAUACUGGACACUAUGAGCUGUGCUUGCUGCCAAGUGUCCAGGGUGGUUUUGAGGUCGAUGGGCCAAUAAAGGUACAGAAAGCAGUCCAGGUCUGUGCUUCACCGGGAAAACCCAGCAGCAAACUGCAGAAAGACUUGGAAGAACUACAGGGUCAGUUUAAGGUUCUCUCUAAACUCCCUGCCUGCACUCGAUCUUCUCUCUUCCAGCAGAUCUCUGUGCUCCUGCAGAAUAAAGCAGCCAUCAGCGUGCUGGAGAAUGCAAUGUUGUCUGUCUCUCAGCUAGAGGACAUUUGUGAUGAGACACAGCCGGAUCCCAGUCAGUUAGAUGAAGUGUCUGCUGUGCGGACCACACUGGAACUGGUAAAGAAAGCUGUUGCUAAAGACAGCACCCAAACAAACACCUCUGGACAGCCCCAAAAACCCAACGCUCUCACUGCCACCCACCUGCUCGUCAGCUCUUUAGAAGAGAUGAAUGACUCCACCCUACUUGUGCUUAAAUCCUGCUGCACUUAUGCAACCCUGCAAGCUCUUCUUCGUAUUGUGCAAAAUAUGGCUUUAAAUAAGAAGUCUUCUUUGAAGGAGGAUGUCCUGGCUGUUUUAGCUGAUGAAAAGGUUUUCGAGAAAAUCAAGGAACUGUUUAGUUCCUGUAAAGUGACCCUGCGAAAGGAAAAAGAUUCACUUGUAACUGAAAUCAGUAACCCGCAGGAUCGCCUCCCCCUCAUGCUGUGCAUCGCUGCCAAAGGGUUGGCAUCUAUAGCGCCCCCUGCCUGAUUGGAGUACAACAGCAGAGUAAAAGAGUGAAAGCUAUGAGGUUACGUGGACCAAGGGCUUUAGCAAUAAAAAGAUGAAAAGUUAUUUAUUUUCUACCCUCAGGAACAAUUGUUAAGGAUUCUCUAUGUGGCAUUUUAUCUGUUUUCUGAAUGACUAUACAAGAUAUUUUUUUAAAUUUUUUAUAUAUUUUAAAUAUUGCUUUGAAAACAAAACCAUAUUAAUAGUAAAUUUUAGGGCUUGGAUAUCUCAUACUUUUAAACAACACAAAAUAAAUGUUUUUUACACAUCGUAUUUUGACCUGUUUUGUGUGUUUCAAACAUAGACUGUAAAAAACAUGGAUGUGUUGUGCGUGACGUCACCCAUUGGUUUCUGAGGAUCGAUUUUGAAGCUUAAAGUACUCGCAACUUGCAGAUGACACUGCCCUUUUUUUACAAAAUGAAACUGAAAUUAUAAAAGCUAUUAAUUGUCUUAAUAUUUUCGCAUCUAUAUCUGGAUUAUUUGUGAAUGUUAAAAAGUGUGUAUUUUUUCCCUUAAAAAAAUGUAACCUAAAAGAUAUAUUAAGUAUACCGAUAAAGGAAACAGUAGACUAUUAAAAGUAAAGAUCAAAAGGAGAGAAGUAAUUUAAAUUUUGCACUAAUUAUUUGAAAAAUUAAAAAAAAAUUAAAUGCAUGGUUAAUGAGUGAUCUUUCAUUAAAAGGUAGAAUAUUAUUAUCCAAGACACAAGCAUUAUCACAAUUAGUGUAUACAGCUCUUGCAUUAGAAGUCCCACAAUCAGUUAAAAAGAGGUGGAUAUUAUUUUGUUUAAUUUCAUAUGGAAGAACAGACCGCACUACAUUAAAAAGUCGAUUCUAUGCAAUCCAGUUGAGGAAGGGGGUCAAAAUGUACUACUAACUGUUUUAAAAAUAAGUGGAUAAAAAGUUACUUAAGUUGCAAAGGUAGUAUAUGGAAUAUCAUACCAGAAAUGAUUUUUAAGAAAUUGGGUGAUUUAGAUUUUUUUUGCGAUGCAAUUUUGAUAUAAACGAGGUUUCCCAUAAAACUGUCAGGUUUCCAUAAACAGGUUUGUUUAUCUUGGAUGCUCAUAUAUAAGCAUAACUUUUCUCCACAUAGAUCUGUUAUUUGGAAUAACAAGAAUAUUAUACAAAUGGAAUAACAAAAAUACAAAAACAAAUCCUUAUUUUAUAGAAAUUGGUAUAAUAAUAUAAUGUUAGUGAGGCAGUUAUUUAAAGAUGAUGGUCACCUCUUUAAUUAUUGUUAAUUCCUUAAUCACUAUAAGAUUCCAGUAACUGUUAAGGAGUUUGCAGUUGUAUUUGAUGCCAUACCUACUUAUUCAACUCUUUCAAGGAUAUACAUCUUAUGAUUGUAACUCCCUUCAUAAUACUCAGUUAAGUAUUUAUGGAGUAAAUAUUCUAGAAAAAAAUUACUUUUUUAUAAGAACACUAUAGAAAUGAAUAUUUGCCAAGAUGUAAACCAUACUGGAACUCCUUAUAUAUUCAGGUUGUAUGGAAAGUGGUUUGGAGUUUAUCAAAUAAAUACUGUCUCACGAAUAAGGUUAAAGAAAUUACUUAUAAAUUGGUUCAUUUAAUUUAUCCAGUGAAACAAGUAGUCUCCAGAUUCCUACGAGAUAUUGAGGUUACUUGUAUUUUUUGCAAUUUGGAAGUAGAAUCCAUAAAACAUUUAUUUUAUUAAUGUAUAUUUACUCAAUCUUUUUGGAUUGAUGUGGAAUUGAUAUUUAAACUCAUAAAAUUAAAAAUUCGAUUAUUUGGAAAGGAUAUAUUUUUGUAUUGUAAAAGUAAAUGUGAUGAGAAAGACUGGUUGAUUAACUUAUUGAUUAUAUAUGGAAAAUUUCACAGCAUUUUAUUUAGAACGGAAUUAAGAAAUUAUUUUGAAACUAUUAAAAGGCUAAAAAAUAAAAAAGCAAAGCGGAUAUAAUUUUUUUUAAAACCUUUUCUUUUAUUGAAUUACUGUAGAAUAUCCCCAUGUUGUUGUUAAUUUAAUGUUUCUUUUUGAUUUGA